AUGGCGUCGCCAGCAGAUUCUACGGACAACAAGAACAAGACGGGACGGUCACCAGUGUUGACAACACCAAACCUACGCAGCGUCAUCUCCCUGCCCCCAAAAUGGCUGGCGAGGUACGAUGACUUUGUCACCAAGAAUGCAAGUCAGGUUGCGCAGAUGGAGUCUGCGCUGCGCUCCCUUACGUACAUCAUACCAGGUCGUUUUCGCGAUGCCGAGCUCGCUACAGAAGGCAUCCACUCGGGCGUGCAGCUUCUCUCCCUCUACCACGACCUCCUCCUCUUCCGUGCCACAACAUCCUCCUCCCCUUCGCCGUCCGCGUCAGUCACGCCCAGCGCCUCGUCCAAUCUAGCGAGGUCGCUCCAUGCCCGAUACACGCGCUUCUGGGCCGCCAAGUCGGAUCUCUACCGCCGCGUCGCCAUCGUCUUGCAGGUCGUGCAGUACACAGAGCUCCUCCUGGAGAUGUGGGCCAAGCGCCGCGGGCAAGCCAUCCGCUGGCGUGUCGUCGUGUUGGUCGAGGCCAUCAAGGCCUUGUGCAGGCUGCUCCUGCUGAAGAUUACACGGUCCCGCCCGCUGGUGACGCCUGCACUACCCGAGAGGGAGAGAGCCCAGCCCAACGGUCAUGCGCCGCCUCCCCAUUCUGUGGUGGAUGAUGCCCGACAACCCCAUAACCCUCGAAAGGAAUGGUCCAUGCCCAGGACGGGCCUCACGCUCCCGUCCCUACCUGCGCGCGGCGACAUCUCCUCGUACCUCCUGGCCCGCGUCCUCACGGCCGACGACAUCAAGCCGGCCACCAAGCUCCUGCACACCCUCCGCGGGUCUGCGUCCACCGCCGAGGUCCUCUACAUCCUGGCCCCGCUCGUCUACGCCCUCGCCCUCGCCCGCACCGACCCGUCCAGACGGCGCGCCUCGUGGACCCCUUGGCUCGUUGGCCUGUCCGUGCAGCUCGCUGCGCGCCAGCUCGCUCUCCGCGCCCGCGACGGAAGUCCCCGAAACAUGCCCGCCCUCGAGAAGGAGGAGUGGGCCAGACGCGGCCGGACCAUGUGGUGGUGGUUGAUGCGCGGCGCCGCGUACGAGCACCUCGUCAAGGGCGUGGUGGGCGGUGUCAGGAGGCGCGUGCCGGGCUUCGUGGGUACGAUACUUGAGGAUUAUGAGUAUCUGUGGGAGAAUUAUUAUUUCAGUACCAGUGACUUAUGA